UCUCUGUGCUCGUUGUCUGUGAACAGUAGGAAGUGAACAGGAACAAUAACUGAGCUGCACACAGACACCGGCGAUAAGAGCAACAGACCGCUGUGUCGAUGACGAUGGAGGAAUACAACUCUGGAGAUGAGGUUGUCUUCAGUGCUGAUGAGGCCAGUAUCUCAGUUAAAGAGUGUAUUGAAGGUGUUAUUGGAGGAACAGAUUAUAACCAGAGUAAAGUGAACCAGUGGACGGCCAGCAUCGUGGAGCACUCUCUGACUCACCUGGUGAAACAGGGACGACCGUUCAAAUACAUAGUAAACUGUUCGAUCAUGCAGAAGAGCGGCGCCGGCCUCCACACAGCCAACUCCUGCUACUGGGACACUGCCACUGAUGGAAGCUGCACAGUGAGGUGGGAGAAUCGCACCAUGUACUGUGUGGUCAGUGUGUUUGCUGUUGCUGUGGCUCUGUGACAGCAGCACAGAGCUGCACUGUGCUUUACCGCCUUCGUGUCUGAAGCUGUGCUCAAAAUGGCACCGUGACCAUGAAGACCCUCUGAUGUUACCCUCUGGUAGAAGUUCAUGUACGUAUAGCUAAUGUCUCCUCAUAGGCUUGAAAAACUACAGGGAAGGAGUUGUCGUCCGUUAGUCGACGGUCUGCGUUGGUGUGACUGAGAGGAAAUGUUGCUUUGUAAGGACCAAGGUCAUGGUCAGAAUGCAACCCUGAAGCAGUGCUUUGUUAAGAUGUAAUACUUCAGACAUUGCACACGUUUGCAGGCUGAAUAUUUCCUCUCCAUAUGUCCCAGGUGUUGUGAUUUGUGCACUAUAUAGAACUUAAUUAGUUUUUAGCCUGCUAGCAGCAAGGCUCUGUUGGUCUGUCAGUCGCCACUGAAAUAUCUCAACAAUUACUGGGUGCAUUGCCGUGAAAUUUGCUACAUGCUUUCAAGCCCCCCUCGGGAUAGAUUGUAAUAACUAACUUUGCAUCUAGCGCCACCAUCAGGUUAAAAUUCCAAUUUGUUCAUUACUUACUGAAUGACCAAAUACCUGCAGAACUAAUGGAAUUCAGCCUCAGCCGCACUUGUCUUUUAUGCUUUUAUUAAAUGUUUAGCAUGCUAACACGCUAAACUCAGGUGGCGAGCCACACAGAGCUGCUAGCAUGGCUGUCGACAUGUGUUUUCAUUUGUCUCCUUCACUACAUUCCCACAUUAAAGAGACUGAACUGUUGCUGUUGUGAAAAGUUUGGUAUUUAAUAAAUGACUGAUUGUUAUUAUUAUUUAUUGUUAUUAUAUUGCAAUGAUCCACACUGGUCUACAUCUGUGACUGUUCAGAUAUGAGAGCGUGUGUUUCCAGGAUGGAGUUGUUUAAUGGUCAAUCCCGACAACCAGUGCACUUUUUCUAAAGUUUCUCUGUAGGAAUCCUGGAAUUCUUCUGUAAAAAUGUGUGUUGGGUUCAUGGAGGGUGUUUGAUAAAUGCAUUUU